AUGUCCGUUAGACUAAAGCAGGUGGACAUCGUGGUUGGAACACCAGGUCGUCUCGAUGACCUCAUCUCUACGGGGAAACUCACCUUGUCUCAAGUCCGCUUCCUGGUCCUGGAUGAGUGUGAUGGUCUCCUCACUGCCGGCUACACCGACUUUAUCAUGAGAAUCUACAACCAGAUUCCUCAAGUCACCCCGGACGGCAAGCGACUUCAGGUGAUAGUCUGCUCAGCGACGCUCCACUCCUUCGACGUGAAGAAGCUGUCGGAGAAGAUCAUGCAUUUCCCAACCUGGGUGGACCUGAAGGGAGAGGAUUCUGUCCCUGAGACCGUACAUCACGUGGUCGUACCCGUUAACCCUAAACACGACCGCAGCUGGGAACGCCUCGACCGCAAGAACCACAUCCUGACUGAUGAGGUCCAUGCUAAAGACAACACCAGACCAGGAGCCAACAGCUCAGAGAUGUGGUCUGAGGCCAUCAAGAUCUUGAAGGGGGAGUACACCAUCAGAGCCAUCAAGGAACACAACAUGGACCAGGCCAUCAUCUUCUGUCGGACCAAGAUCGACUGUGACAACAUGGAGCAAUACUUCAUAGUACAGGGAGGAGGUCCAGAUAAAAAAGGCCACCAGCUUUCCUGUGUCUGUCUCCAUGGUGACCGGAAGCCCAACGAACGCAAGACCAAUCUGGACCGAUUCAAGGUCAGCAGCGUCACUUAA